GAGGGGACUGGAUGAAGUUUCAUAACUGGGUGGGGAGGCAGGGUCAGGAUAAAAGGCCCAGCUGGACGCUGCAAUGAGGUGGAAGACUGUCAGGCUGAGACCAUGGAGCUCAGCGUCCUCCUUUCCCUUGCAAUCCUCACGGGCCUCUUGCUACUUUUGGUCAAGGGCCGCCCAAAGGCCCAUGGCCACCUCCCACCAGGACCCUAUCCUCUGCCCUUCUUGGGGAACCUUCUGCAGAUGGACAGAGGGGGCCUUCUCAAGUCCUUCCUGAAGCUCCAGGAAAAAUACGGGGAUGUCUUCACCGUAUAUCUGGGGCCAAGGCCGGUAGUCAUGCUGUGUGGGACAGAGGCCAUACGGGAGGCCCUGGUGGACCAAGCCGAGUACUUCUCCGGCCGGGGCAAAAUCGCCAUCGUGGAGCCAAUCUUCGAGGGACAUGGCGUAGUCUUUGCCAAUGGGGACCGAUGGAAGGCUCUCCGGCGAUUCUCUUUGGCCACCAUGAGGGACUUCGGGAUGGGAAAGCGAAGCGUGGAGGAGCGGAUUCAGGAGGAGGCUCAGUGUCUGGUGGAGGAGCUGCGGAAAUCCCAGGGAGCCCUCCUGGACCCCACCUUCUCCUUUCAGGCUAUCACUGCCAACAUCAUCUGCUCCAUUGUCUUUGGGAAACGCUUCGACUACAAAGAUCCAGAGUUCCUGAGGAUGCUGGACCUAUUCUAUCAGUCCUUCUCACUCAUUAGCUCUUUAUCCAGCCAGGUGUUUGAGCUCUUCUCCAGCUUCUUGAAGUACUUUCCUGGUAUACACAGGCAGAUCUACAAAAACCUGCAGGAAAUCAAUGCUUUCAUCGGCCGCAGUGUGGAGAAGCACCGGGAAACCCUGGACCCCAGUUCCCCCCGGGACCUCAUAGAUGUUUACCUGCUCCGAAUGGAAAAAGAGAAAUCCAACCCCAACAGUGAGUUCAACCACAAGAACCUCAUCCUCAACACACUCUCGCUCUUCUUCGCUGGCACCGAGACCACCAGCACCACUCUCCGCUACGGCUUCCUGCUCAUGCUCAAAUACCCUCAUGUCACAGAGAAAGUCUACAAGGAGAUUGUACAGGUGAUUGGCACACAUCGCCCUCCAGCCCUCGAUGACCGAGCCAAAAUGCCAUACACAGAUGCUGUCAUCCAUGAGAUUCAGAGAUUUGCAGAUCUCAUCCCCAUUGGUUUGCCCCACAUAGUCACCAAAGACACCCACUUCCGAGGGUAUGUCAUCCCCAAGAACACAGAAGUGUUUCCCAUCCUGAGCUCUGCUCUCCAUGACCCACGUCACUUUGAAAAACCAGACGCCUUCAACCCUGAUCACUUUCUGGAUGCCAAUGGGGCGCUAAAGAAGAAUGAAGCUUUUAUCCCCUUUUCCUUAGGGAAGCGCAUUUGUCUUGGUGAAGGCAUUGCCAGGACCGAAUUGUUCCUCUUCUUCACUACCAUUCUCCAGAACUUCUCCUUGGCCAGCUCCAUGGCUCCAGAGGACAUUGACCUUACUCCCCAGCAGAGUGGUGUGGGGAAAGUAGCCCCAGCGUAUCAGAUCCGCUUCGUUCCCCGUUAAAGGGAUCGAGAGAAAGGGGCCAAAAGAUUCCAGGAUCACUAAGUGUCUCCACCUCUGAAGACUGUGGCCCCCAACUUCCACCACAACUGGCUGUGAGAUACCUGUUGCAAGGCCGUGUCAUUUGAGGUCACAUCACCAGUGAAUGCAGGAGCAAGAUUCACACCCUGGCUCUAGAACCAAACUCUUCUUCACAGCUCCUUCUUUUUUCAUAUUUUUAAAUUAAGAUGAAAUUCACAUAACAUAAAAUUAAUGCUUUAUAGCAUGAGUUUAGUGGCAAAUGAUUCAUUCACAAUGUUGUCUAACCAUGACCACCUAGUUCCACACAUUUUUAUCACCCCCCCCCAAAUUCUGGAACUAUUAUGCAGUUAUUCCCCAUUCCCCAUUCUUCCCAGCCCCUGGCAAACAUCAAUCUGCUCUCUGUCUUCAUGGAUGUACCUACUCUGGCUAUUUGCUAUAAACAGAAUCAUAUCAUCUGUGA